UAAUUAUUCCAAUACACUCCAUCGUUUCUACCAAGAUGUUGUUGAGAGUACUUGCUUUAAUAAGCACAGUCCUGGUUUUGAGUAGUGCCACUUACUACAAGCCACCCCGAAGAUGUCCUAGUGGCUGGUAUCUUCAUGGAAGAAGUUGUUAUUUUUUCUGUCGCACGCAAGUUAAUCAGAAAACUGCCUCAGAUAUUUGCGAGAAAAAGGGAGGUUACCUGGCAAGAAUAGACAAUAUUGCAGAGGACAACUUCCUGAAACAGCAGGCAAAAUCUCUCAGUAUUGCCGGAAAAGGAAGCUAUUGGAUUUCACCGGUAUGUAAGAAACGAGUUUAUCAAUACAAAUGCUCAUGGAAACAUGAAUCUAAUAAUAAGGCCGUGACCUAUGAAGGAUGGUACAGCUAUGAACCAAACAGUAACCAGAAAUGUGCAGUACUGUAUUGUGGGUACAGAUACUCUUGGAAUGAUUUCAACUGUAAUGAUAAAGCUUACUACAUCUGUGAAAAACAAGUACCAUCUCCAGUAAUUCCGCGGCCGAUCCCUCGACCUCUUCCGAGACCUUAUCAAAAACCACUUAUUAAACCUAGACCAAAGAGUUAUCCCGACUCUGACUCGUCAGAUUCAUCUGAAAAGAAAGGACCAAAGAAGUACAGAAAAUCGGGCAAAAAAAGCAGUAGCAGCUCAAGUGAUGAAAAGAAGAAAAUAAAAUCAUAUAGAAAAAAAUCUGGCAGCGGUGGAAACUCCAAAACAAGAUACAACAAAAAAUCGAGCGGUAGCAGCUCAAGUGAAGAAAAGAAGAAAUUAAAAUCAUACAGAAAAAUAUCUGGAAGUGGUGGAAACUACAAAGAUGGAAAUACCAUAACAAGAUAUAACAAAAAAUCUAGCGGUUCUAACAGCAGCGAAAAAUGGGGUGGAGGCAAAAGUAAAAGAAGAUACAACAAAAAAUCAAGCAGCAGCAGUUCCAGUAGUGAUGAAAAGAGUGGCGGGAAAAAGUCGUAUUCAAAGAAAAUACCGUCUCCACCUCAACCACAACCUCGUCCUCUUCCUCCAAAACGAUAUUAG